CCUAUAUAUUUUUUUGUGUUACACGUGUUCCGUCAAUAUCGCUGGAUUUCUACAGUUGAAUUAACUUGACUUGACAAAUAUCGUGUCGGAACGGAAAUGUCACAUUUUAAAGUGGGGGCAAUGAGAGCGGAGACGUAGUUAUCUAUUUAGCGACUUGCUAGCCUCGACACAUUUACCGUGAACUAUUUAACGUCAGUAGAACAUGCCCAGACUGGACAUACCAGGCCUAUAGGUUGCGAUUCUUUCAGACAUGGAUUACAUUUUCCCACGAAAACUUUUCCCGGUUUAUUUCAACUCUGGGCCCCCCAGUUCUACGUUUAGACAUAACGUCGGAGGUUGGGGUUCUUAUGGUCAAGUGGUGGACGUAAACGUCCCUCUACACGAGAAAGACAGUCUACCAAAAGUAGAUUGGAAGUUUGAAUCUCAACACCAAGUGAAGGGAGAGCCUUGGGUGCCAGUGGAACCUAUAGCAAUACCACUUCUGCGACCAAAAAGAGGCCCCAAAUGGUCAUCAACAGUUCUGUCAGAUCCUAUGGACUUCUCAGAGCAUAUGCAGAACCUCUACCAGUAUAAGUACAAGGAUGCUUUUUGCACAAUGAGCCAUAUCCUGGGGGACAAAUUCAACUUUGGACAGGGGAGGAGAAAGGGAAGUGAAAGAAAUGCUGUACACAUGUGGCAGAUGGAGCAUUUCAUGCACACAUUUAAAUACAAAAAGGUGGUGCUAGAGUUCCAAGAUGGGAAGCCUCCAUGUUUUGAUGUGAGCCACAAGCCUCUCUCAUUCCAGCUCAAUGGUACAAUCAGACAGAUCACCAUCGGCCUUCAGCAGGAUGAAUGUCACGUGGGGGUGCGCUGUGACCACCUGUGUGGUGUCUGGAUGGUCAGUGAGAAGAACAUCCCCAAGUCUCUGGAGGUCAUUCAGACCAAGCAGCCUGCUACAUGUCUCAGUGCCAGUCCCCAUGUCCAGGGAGAGCUCCUGGUGGCCAGUGAGAGUGGAGCUGCCUAUCUAUGGACAGUGGGCAAAGGUUUGCAGAAGUUCCGUCAGGAGUACAGUAACCUGUACUUCAAUUGUAAGUCGUCAUGGAGAUGGUGUGACUUCUCUGGCCACCCCAGGGUGAUGGUGUAUGCUGACCGGACAGGUGUGGAGCUCACUGAUAUCAGGACCAAAGAUAGUUAUAGCCACACGUUGUUUCGUAUCGGCCAAACUCCUGACUGUAAGAGUGGAGAGAGAGUCAUCCUGUCCAAUUACCUGAGAGAUGUCCACACCUUCCACCACCUCGUCACCACACAGCACUCUGCUUACGUCAUGGAUGAGCGUUUCCCCUGCCUCCCCAUGAUCCAGUGGGAUCACAUGAUGGAGCAUCCUCCCAUGUUUUCCCAGGUCGUGGCGGGGUUGCCGUCAGGGGGCGGGACUACCAAGGUGCUGCUGGGCUCUCAGAGAUCACAGGAAGUGAUCCUGCUACAGUACUCGGGUGGUAGGGAGGAGGCCUGCGUCACCAGAGGCCCACCUCGGGCCUUGCUCAGCCCCAGAGACAGCCUUGGACACCUGCCUGUCCAACUCCCCCACAGACAGCACCAUGCCCAGGACAGACUAGCCAAUCCUGCUGCUGGUCUUACUGUCAUCCAUCAGAGCCGAGCCAAGGAGGACUGUAUCUGUGUGCUGCAACUCACUGAGGCCGGAGACAUCUUUUACCACACGCUAAAGUCCCAGACUGAGUGCUUCAGUAAAGACGACCCACCGACACCAACCCAGAACUCCGUGGGACCCGAGGGACGUAGAGGAGAUGUACAGGGACUAAAACAACCAGUUGAUACAUUAAGAAAAGGGCUGCAUCAAACGUUAGGAACCCCAAGAAGCAGUACCCUAGAUGAGACAUGGUAUUCCUCUGGACCUCCUGAGGGUGACUCUGGGUUCGAGGGAAGGGGGCAGCCGUGGGACACACUUAGGGCUGGACUGGAGAUGGUUAUCAACGACCCUCAUGACGACCCGUACCCGACGCUAGCAACAAACACAGGAUUAACUGAUACUCAGGAAACCACUGCUGUAGUUCCUCUACCUACAGCCCAGUGUUUGGACACUAAUGUUAACAUUAACCCCGUCAGGCUAAAGGCUAAAGUCAGUGAUGAGGCUCUGUUGAUUUGGAGGAAGUGGUUCCUCAAACUGUUCAAGUGCCCCUGGGAGCGCCGUAAUCUCCCACACAAGACCACAAACACCAAGGAUCUUCUACCCGACGACAGCCUUCACAGAGACCCGUUGGAAGAUCACUGUCGUCGGACCCUGAGGGAGGACCUGAGGGAGACCAUGAGGAAUGGUAAUGUUCUCGUCCACAGAAACACCUGUCUCAAACCCCUGGCUCUGGUCCCUGUCCCGGCACCCGUGGAGCCCUCUGAGUGGGCUGAUGUGCUGAGCGAGAGGAUGAGUGCAUCGUGGGAGCCUGGGCUUGGGGGAUGGAGGAGCUGGUGGGAGGAGAGGCUGGGGCUGAACCGAGAGGAGAAGGUGGAGGCUCUGCGGAGGAAGAGGAGGAGACAGAAACGGGCAAAGGCUCACAGUCGUAUCGACCUAUCGGGCAGCUUCACCUCGUCCGUCAGCUACCAAUCAGACCUGGACAGCGCUUCUCUCUCCGGUUGGUCGUCGGCAGCCAGUCAGUACGCCAGCUCCGAUGUAGACAGUGUGGCCACAAGCUGCGACAACACCAAGUGGGUCACCCUAUCUGAGCCGGGUACACCGAGGGCUACCACACCAACACCACAGACCAGUAGCUCACAGCCCACAACACCUCGUAGGGAGUUUGGUUCAAAACCAACUACACCACUGGAGCAGCUUAGUAGUUUCCUCUCCCAGCCCACUAUCCCCUAUUCACAGAGCAGUAGUAGUUCACUGCCAACUGUCCCCUAUUCACAGAGCAGUAGUAGUUCACAGCCCACUAUCCCCCAUACACAGUUCACUAGUUCCGAGCUACUGUUUACACCCAAAAAACAGCCCGCCAUUGGUAAGUCGUCGCCCUGGACAACAGCAGGUUCUGACUCCAGCGCGGCGGACAUUUUGAGAACGGUGGUGGCAACCCAGAAGCCCAAGCCACAGAAUCAGGAUUAUUUAAAUUCUCUCUUCGGAUCCCAGGAGCCUAUGGAUGCCUCACAGGGAGUAGGAUUUAACGAGAGCAGACAUAAUACUCCUUUGGCCACCUCUUCUCAGCUGUCCUCCAUCUCUUCUUCACAGAGGAACCUGAAAGUGGGACUAACCUCCUCACAACCCAAAAGGAAGAAGUCUCGUAUGGGUUUCUGAUCUGAGUAUUGAUGGAUGUAGCCUCACAUCCCAACAGUUAUUUUUCAGAUGAGAUGAUUAUGAUGGAUGGAACUAUGACGAGGGAUCUUUUUCAACCUUUGGUUGUUGGUUGAUUUCACGUGUUACGCGACAGGACUGUGAAGUGUGAAUUGGCUAUUGAGAGAUUUCUGGAAUAUUCUAGAAACCAAAAGCAUUGAAGUCACAGAUUUUUUUUUUUUUUUUUGGGGGGGGGGGGGGGUUGUUAAAAUAAAAUCUAUAUGCAUUAAUAUUGUUCUAGACCAGCAUCUUAUCUAUUAUCUGACUGAAGCAGGUUUGGUUGAGCGACUGACUUUGGUUAUGUGACAGUACAGGAAGUGUGAAUUGCCUACCGACUUUGGUUAUAAGACAUUUCUAGACCUAGAGCAUCACUCAAUGUUGUCCAGUUAUUGCCUCCGGGUUGCUAUAUUGCAAGUCGUUGUGUUCAAAUAGGCCAGUACAGGCAUAAUCUGACUGAAGCAAAAACAUUUCAAAUAAGUAAUUAUGAUAAUCAAAAAGACCAGAGAUUCAGAUGUCCAAAAUAGUUUUUUUGUGUUUUUUUGUUGUCAUACAACAUUGGCAAAACAAUUACAAAUAAGUUAAUAUCUACAAAG